AUGGCCGAGACCCCCACAUUCAAGCUCGUCCUGGUCGGUGACGGUGGUACUGGAAAGACCACCUUCGUCAAGCGCCACUUGACUGGUGAAUUCGAGAAGAAGUACAUCGCCACCCUUGGUGUCGAGGUGCACCCCCUCAACUUCAACACCAACUACGGUGCUAUCCAGUUCGAUGUCUGGGAUACCGCUGGUCAGGAGAAGUUCGGUGGUCUCCGUGAUGGUUACUACAUCAACGGCCAGUGUGGUAUCAUCAUGUUCGAUGUCACUUCCCGUAUCACCUACAAGAACGUUCCCAACUGGCACCGUGAUCUCGUCCGUGUCUGUGAGAACAUUCCCAUUGUCCUCACCGGUAACAAGGUCGACGUGAAGGAGCGCAAGGUCAAGGCCAAGACCAUCACCUUCCACCGCAAGAAGAACCUCCAGUACUACGAUAUCUCCGCCAAGUCCAACUACAACUUCGAGAAGCCCUUCCUUUGGCUCGCUCGCAAGCUUGUUGGCAACCCCCAGCUCGACUUUGUUGCCGGAAUUGCCCUUGCUCCCCCGAGGUCACCGUCGAUGAGAAGCAGCUCGAGGCUUACCGCAAGGAGAUGGAGGAAGCUGCCAACCAGCCCCUCCCCGACGAGGACGACGCCGACCUGUAAAUCAGUGCGCUCAGCAACGGGUCCACGAAGUUUCCGAAAUGAAAGUGGGAGUCGCCAUCCCCUGUUCUCUCCCAUGUUUCCCAGAGUCCUAUCUCACGUUCGACGGGAGGCAGGAAGUAUACGACUCCCGGGGAUUGCUUUUUUUUAG